UCAAACACAAGUAAACAACGGCGCUGGCCCCGUCUGGUGGUCCUCUUUCCUUCGUCUUCUGCUCCGCUGCGCAUCCGUCGUCGCAAUCUUCCCAUUCGCCUACUCUUUCCUGGCUUCCUUUUGCCGUCUCAAACCCUAAUCGCUUCGCCGCGUGGGCCGCGGGGUAGAUCCGUCGUGGUAGGCGGCGUACCGGGAAAUGCGGGAAGAGCAGGAGCACCUGAUCUGAUGCCCCAUCUGUGGCCGGCGGGAGACGGCGCGCGAUGUCGUCGGCUCCGACUGCGGGGGCUGUGUUCGAGCGGCAUCGCCCCGUAGCACCCAAUACUGUGUUUAAAAGUGGACCAUUGUCAAUUUCAUCUAAAGGAAUUGGUUGGAAAUCAUGGAAGAGACGUUGGUUUAUACUCACACGGACUUCUCUUGUUUUCUUCAAGAAUGAUCCUAGUGCACUACCCCAAAGAGGUGGCGAAGUCAAUCUUACUUUGGGUGGUAUUGACCUAAAUAAUUCUGGAAGUGUUGUUGUUAGGGAAGAUAAGAAGUUAUUAACAGUUUUGUUUCCUGAUGGACGUGAUGGUCGGGCAUUUACCCUUAAGGCAGAAUCUUUGAAGGAUUUAUUUGAAUGGAAAACAGCUUUGGAGCAUGCUCUUGCGCAAGCUCCAAAUGCUGCUCUUGUGAUGGGACAUAAUGGAAUUUUUCGUAAUGACAAUGGAGAUACUUUCGAAGGAUCAUUCCAUUAUUGGAGGGACAAGAGACCUAUCAAAUCCUUGGUUGUUGGUAGGCCAAUUUUGCUUGCCCUCGAGGAUAUUGAUGGAGGGCCAUCCUUUCUAGAAAAGGCAUUAUGCUUUCUUGAGAAGUUUGGAACAAAGGUGGAAGGAAUUUUGCGACAAGCUGCUGAUGUUGAAGAAGUUCAUCGAAGAAUCCAAGAGUAUGAGCAAGGAAAGAUUGAGUUUGCAGCUGAUGAAGAUGCCCAUAUUGUUGGUGAUUGUGUUAAGUAUGUUCUUCGGGAGUUACCAUCCUCUCCAGUCCCGGCUUCUUGUUGUACUGCAUUACUGGAAGCUUAUAAAUUGAUACACAAUGAGGCUCGUGUAAAUGCUAUGCGUGCUGCUAUAAUUGAGACAUUCCCUGAACCAAAUCGGCGACUAUUGCAGAGGAUUUUGAAAAUGAUGCAUGUUAUCUCCUCUCAUACUGCUGAGAAUCGAAUGACUCCAUCUGCUGUUGCUGCUUGCAUGGCUCCUCUUUUACUAAGACCUCUUUUGGCUGGUGAGUGUGAGUUGGAUGAUGAUCUCGACUCAAACGGUGACAGUUCAGCUCAGCUUCUGGCGGCAGCAAAUGCGGCUAACAAUGCUCAGGCCAUUAUCUCAACUCUUUUAGAGGAGUAUGAAACCAUAUUUGAUGAUGGCAAUCUGCAGAGAUGCUCACUGUCAUCUGACUCUCAGAUUGGAGACACUGGGAGUGAAGAGUCUGCAGAUGAUGUGAAUGUAGAUGCUAAAGAUAAUGGCUAUCAUGAUGCAGAAAAUGAUGCAGAACCAGAAAUUGAAAGUGAUAAUGAUGAGCGUGUGCUCAGUGGAAAACUGAGUGGAAGCAGUGGAUAUGCUGAUAGUGAUCUUUAUGAGUACAAGGUCUUUGCUGGUGAUGAUUCAGAUGCAGAAUCUCCUCCUAAGAAUCAGGUUUCAGCUACGAAACCAGAGUUACUUGUAGGAUCUAGAACUCCCCUAGAUGAGCAAGUUUCCACUAUCAAAGGUACACAGAAUUCACUGAUUGAGAAGGAUGCCUCUGAUGCCUUACCUAUGCAAGAGUCUCCCUUGUCAAUGGGAGAGAUUCUAUCUUCCUUACAUCCAGGAACUUCUUUUCCAUCUCAUGCAACUGAAUGUAGUGCUGAAAGAUACUCAAUUAAACCGAAUGGAUCUCACAUGCAAAUGAAGCACACUAAUUUUUGGGGACGUAACAAUGUCAGAAAGAAUCAACCACUGGAACAAGUUGAUUCUUCUGGUGAAGAAGAGCUUGCUAUUCAGAGGCUUGAGAUCACAAAGAAUGACCUUCAGAUAAGAAUAGCCAAAGAGGUGAAAGGCAAUGCUAUUUUACAAGCAAGUUUAGAAAGAAGAAAGCAGGCUUUGCAUGAGCGUCGUUUAGCCCUGGAACAAGAUGUAUCAAGGCUACAGGAGCAGUUGCAGGCUGAAAGAGAUCUUAGAGCUGCUUUGGAGGUUGGUUUAAGCAUGUCUUCUGGACAGUUUUCUAACUUACGCACGAUUGAUUCUAAGACAAGGGCAGAACUUGAGGAGAUCGCUCUUGCUGAAGCAGAUGUUGCUAGAUUGAAGCAGAAAGUAGCAGAGCUUCAUCUCCAACUCAACCAACAAAACCAAAAUCAUUAUGGAUCAUUCCCUGGUGAUAGAUAUCUGCACCUUCCAGCUCAUCUCAAACAACAAGGCGAAAGUAGUAAUGUUGAGGAUGAAUUGUCAUAAGCACAACUUGUAACUCAAAAAAAAAAAAGAAAAGGUUAGCAUAAUUGAACUUAUGUUUAAUAAGUCAGCAAAUAAAGGAAUAAACAUGUAUUAUAAUCAAAUUUUCUCAGUGUCCCUAAAUAAGGAUGCUUCGUGUUAAUUUUAAAUUCAAAUUAUUCCAUAUGAUAAACAUGUGUUGUAAUUUUUUUCCUUACGGUUGUAGUUCUACUAUUGAUAUUAAUAACUUGAAUUUAUAAUGCAAGAUGAGAAUUUACUGAGUAACUAGCUACUUUAUAAUAACUACUUAAUACAAUUUUGUUCCUAGUAUCAAUCUGUAUCUCUCAUGAUCACUAUAGCUCACAAAUAGAAGAAAAUAUAGCUCAACAGGUAGACGAACAUUACGGUUAGAAGUAACUAUGAAAGGAAACAUACCAAUAAAGUCUUAAUUGUAAAUUUAUAAGUUGAUAUUAAAUCCCUAGUGACAUUAGUGUUCUUGUAUCAUUUGAUGUUCAUCAUCUUCAGUCAGGAUAAAAAAUGUGUAUUUGAGAAUAGACCUUUAUUUGCGAGCACCUUCAACUUUACUUUGCUUCAAAAAGGUCUUUACAUGUGGUAUCUUUGUGCUCCUUGUAUUUCUACUGCAUUUCUGUCUACUUGUUGCAGGAAGAUUGUCCAACAAGAUUUUGAUAUGAGCCUUGCCUUUUGCAAUCAUGAGAAGAAA